UCUCAUGUCAUUUGUGAUCGGUGUUCAGCGAAUUUCACUUCUGAUAUUCUAGCUUUUGUCUGAUGUGCGCCCUGUAUCCCCUGAAUGAUAUACCAAGGCUGAAGGAAUCAAGAUCAUGUUUGUUUUUUGCAGCAGUAAAAAGAAGUCAAGCGAGCCUUUCCGUAACCUUGCUUUUUUUUGCCGCAUUCGUCAGAGUUAUUUAUUAUCCCAUAGCUGGUGUAUUUAAGAUCACGAAUUCGACUUAGUGACAGAAAUGAAUUCCACAUUAAUUAUCCUUCUCUUCUGCACAUUCGCCCUACUUUUAUCGCCAGUUGCGACAAGGAGCAUUGUUGAGGAAAGACAUGCUCGAAUAAGGCGACAGGGAGGACUAUUACAAGGUAUACUAGGAGGAAUAGGUGGAGCGCAAGGACCCCCUCCACCAGGAGGACAACCAGGUGGACCAGGUGGAAUGCCGCCGCAGGGUGGGCAACCAGGUGGACCAGGUGGAAUGCCGCCGCAGGGAGGACAACCAGGUGGACCAGGAGGAAUGCCGCCGCAGGGAGGACAACCAGGGCAACCGGGUGGACCAGGUGGACCAGGACAGCAAAUGCCCGGACAACCUGGAAUGGGACCAGGACAGCAGUGGCCUGGACAAGGGAUGCGACCAGGACAGCAGUGGCCUGGACAAGGAAUGCGACCAGGACAGCAGUGGCCUGGACAGGGAAUGAGACCAGGACAGCAAUGGCCUGGACAGGGCAUGCGACCGGGACAGCAGUGGGGACAAGGAAUGCGACCAGGUCAGCAGUGGCCAGGACAAGGAAUGGGACCAGGAGGAAUGAGACCUGGAAUGGGUCCUAGAGGAUGGCGUUCGUGGUGAUAAUUACCAUCGGAGCAGAAAGCUUUAUACUUUGUGCAUAUACAGUUUCGACACCUCAAUAAAAACCUAUUCGC